AUGAACGAGUCAUCGGCCAAUGUGACGAUGGUUAUACAGUAUCGAGACUCCUUCACAAAAGCUGUGACCAAGAAUGUGAUUGUUGUGGUUCUCGGGAUCUCCAUCAACUACAUUAAUGCAGGCCUCAUUCACACCUUCCGCAAACACCAGAUCUUCUACAUGAAUCCUCGGUAUAUCCUGUUUUUUCACUUGGUGGUCAACGACAUGAUCCAAGUGACGCUGACCAUCAUCCUGUUCAUCAUCAGCUACAUCCUCUACAAAAUAAAUGUCUCCAUCUGUUGCACCUUCAUCCUGAUUGCUCUUUUCGCCACUGAAAACACCCCUCUGAACCUGGCUUGCAUGGCGGUGGAGUGCUACAUCGCCAUCUGCGUCCCCCUUCGCCACGUGCAGAUCUGCACUGUCAAGAGAACGUUAAUGCUGAUUGGUUUAAUCUGGGCGACAAGCAUGUUAUCUGUUCUUCCUGAUCUGUUCAUCACUUUGGCCAUAGAGCCACUAGACUUUUUUAAUUCCAAAGUGUUCUGCCUCAGGGAAACUGCCUUUCCAAAUCCCCUCAUAAUCAAGAAAAGAGAUGUUACCUAUAUUGUGUAUCUGGUGAUAGUUUGGUUUGUUAUCUUUUACACUUACUUCAAUAUCCUGUUCACUGCAAAAACAGCUAGCAAAGACGCUAAAAAGGCCAGAAACACUAUCCUCCUCCAUGGUUUUCAGGUGCUGUUGUGUAUGGCAACUUAUGCAGAUCCCCUGUUAAAAUAUGGGCUACAGCAAUGGUUCCCUAAGAAUUACCCAGACUCCCUCUUUGCUUGUUAUAUUAUAAUACAGAUCCUGCCUCGAUCCAUUAGUCCAAUCAUCUAUGGCAUACGAGACAAGACUUUCAGGAGGUACUUGAAAAGGUAUCUGUUAUGUAAAUUCAGCCCACAGUGA